AUGUAUAAUUAAUUUAUUGAUGAGGAAGGUCAAGAGAGAUAAAUAUAAUAUUUGGUGGACUUAGGUAUUUAGUAAUUUAAGAAAAGGAUUUCCCGAAAGCAAAGCAAGAAGGGGAGUUGAACAAUUUGGUUACACAAUAACCCUGGAAGAUUUAAUUAACAGAAUCUUAGACAUGAGUGAUGACAAUUCAAAAAAAUCAAAUGGAAACAAAAUCAGUCUAAUUCAUUUUUCAGAUUCAAGCAGCGAAAAAAACUCACCUUUCAAUCAACCCUUACAACAAUCAUAAUCUUAAAAAUAAUGUUAGACUAAAUAGAAUCAAUAACCUUAGAAACAGGCCAGUUCGCAAUUUUAACAACAAUAGAAAGUAUAGUAGCAAUACUAGCCCCAACAAUAGUUCUAACAAUAGAAUCAACAUUAGCAGUAGGUAGAACAAUAAUAGCAACCAUGUUCAUUCCAAAAUAUAUAACUGUAUUAAUAACCAAAUGAACAUGGUGAAUUCCCAAAAUGUUAGGUCUGUUAUACCCAACCAAUAUAAUGGCUUCAUUUCGAAUGCAAACAUCAGUUCUGUUAACCAUGUGUAAUCAAGAAUAUAAAAGCUUCCAGAUUAAGGAAGAUUGAAGAUGUUACCUGUUUACAGGAAGAUUGUCAUUAAAAAUUAGACAAAGGGGAGAUCCAUCUGGUGAGUAAUGAGUUACUCCCUUAAAUUGAUGUAUUCUCCUUAUCAAAAUUAGAUUGAACUAUAUAAUGGACCCAUAUGCACCAAAUGUAAAUUGCCAUAAGUGGCUCACAAAUUUAAAUUGUUCUCUAAUGCUUGUGACAAUGCAGAGUUCACAAUCCUGAGUGCUUGUGUGAAGCACGACGAAGAAGGUAAUCAACUUCAGAGAUGUCCUUAAUGCGGGAUUUGGGUUUAAAAAUCUAAGGGAUGCAACUCUGUCUUAUGUUCGUACAUUUAUUAUUUUAUAAUAAGAUUAGCUAUUGUAAAUUUAAUUGGUGCUGGUUAUGUAGAAGAUAAUGUGAUAGCAAUCACUAUGUAUUUUUCAAUCCUACUGGCUGUCCAGGUUUGGGGGCGGAGGAAUUUACAAUUGAAUAGUAUCCGUGUCACAAAAUUUGCUGGAUUAGAGUAAAGGUGAUUCUAAUAUAUUUCCUUCUGAUUUUGCUCUGUAUAAUAGUCUACCCUUUUUUUGUUGCGUAAGUAGUGAUAAGGAGAAUGAAAAUUGACACUCAAGGAAACAUCUGUUACCGCGUUUUCAUCUAUAUAGGCAUAGCAAUUUUAUUUUUAGUGCUCUCAUGUCUGGCUAUCUUUCCAGGUAUCAUCAUUUUCAUAGUUUCAUAAAAAGCAAGAUUAUCAGUGUUUGCUAGAUGA